CUUCAAGAAAUAAAUAAUAUAAAAAAGGACAAUAGACAGAAGAUAGAAGAGUUAAAUAUUUGUAUGAGCUUUCAGCAGUCAGCUGACAUCAAGACAAUAGUCAACAAGUAAAAGACUGGAAGUUCAUAUUCGAUAUUCUGUUUAAAAUUUCAAAUAAUGGUUCGAUCAAUUACUGUUGAGGGCUAUGAAGCUCUUAAAAAGGCCCUAACUGAAGUUCAGGGGCCAGUGUUUAUUUUAUUUAGUGGAAGUCCAGAUGAUAGUGGUGUCAGCUGGUGCCCAGACUGUGUCAAAGGUAAACUUAAAAUUAUUUUCGCUGUGGCUAUACUAUUCGGACCCGGGUCCCUUUAAAUUUAGUGGGCUUUAGACUUAUACUAAAUCAUACUAAAUCGCUAUUAGUAAUUAGUAUUGGCAUUGGCACUAUUGGGGUGUCAUUUGUAGUAGUUUAUUUGGUAAAAGUAAAAGUAAAAUGCAGUUCUGGUGCAUAAUAAUAUAUUAUUUCUUAACGCAUUUCAUAUUUUCUUAUGUAAACUUAUGAGUAUACUUUGUUAUUUAAAUCCAGGCAGUUAUAGUUAACUAAUACUGAAUUAUACUGCACUUUUUUAUUUGCGUCUUUAAACUUCCCCCAACCAAAGUUACCUAGCCCCAUUUUUUUUGUCUUUGUAAUUUUUUUCCAUCCUCUGGCCAGAUUUUUAAUCACUUAUAAGUUAGUAUGCUAAACGAAAUACGGGGAUUCCCUUGAAGACUUGGGGGCUGGGGGGGGGGAAUGACUAGAAGUGGAUUACCGACUACGGCAGCAGACCCACACAUCAUCAUUGUCCUGGAGUAGAGCUGAAGGAGGGGGGGGGAUGGUCCAUGAAUUCCUGCCAAUGUGUGAUCUAAACGAAAUACGGGGAUUCCCUUGAAGACUUGGGGGCUGGGGGGGGGGGAAUGACUAGAAGUGGAUUACCGACUACGGCAGCAGACACACACAUCAUCAUUGUCCUGGAGUAGAGCUGAAGGAGGGGGGGGGAUGGUCCAUGAAUUCGUGCCAAUGUGUGAUCACGUGUCCACUUUAAAAAAAAAUAUUUGCUACGUUGCAGAAAUGGGGAAAUCAGAAUGAUAGCAUGGGGUCAUUUAUUGAUAGUCAUCGCAUACUGAUGGCUGCAAAUACGUUGUCUGUGAUUGGUCACGACCUACGAGUACUCUUAGUGGGUCAUGGCUUGGUUAGCUCUAAUUUGAGCACCCCUCCUCUUUUUCCGUAUGUAAAUGCGCUUAUGUUGACUGAUUUGAGCUGAGUAAAAUGAGGGUGAGGGCUAGUGAUUAUAUAUAAUAAGACAGACUCGUUUUGCGGUAUUGCUGGUAGUGGGAUCACAGUUCAAAAUGGCAGAAUGACAAAGAAACAAUAAUUCAAAUUGUUAAUCCAACGAAAAUUUUAAAUGAUGCAGCAUUUGUUUUAUACGUGCACUUUGUGAGGCAACAAAUAACGUUAAUACAACUAUGGAAUUUCUCGCAAGGCGCUCCCCUUUGAAGAACAAAAUGGAAUGUAACAAUUGCAAUGUGGCUUGUAAACUGGCUACAUAUGUCAAGUAUGAGAGUUCCCUAUAACUCCUGUUAUAAUUGAUAGUAAAGUUAUAAAAUAAAUGCCAUACUACAAGAUACAUCCAGCUGGUUUUAAGUUAGCGGUAAGGCUGACGGUGUGUUCCACGGUAUAUAGGUCACAGAGAUUCCCCCAGGUCCAUUUCCGUCUACACCGCCAUACUAAAAGAUUUCGAUGUUUGUAUUUGCAUAAUGCAAGUUAUUGUUUUCUUAUUUUACAUUUUUUGUUAGAUUGUCCCCUCCCAAGAGAAUUUCUAUGUUUUUUAUUUUGGUAUUUAAAGCGAGGGGAGGGGUUUAGGGAGGGGGUCUCCCCUCCCCAGUUCCUAGAAGAUCAUUCUAAAUGCAAUUUAAGCAGUAUUCUUCCUUUUGUUACCUAAGUUUCAACAUACAGGUAUUUUGAUUUCAACUAAUCAAAAUACAGUAAUUUUGGCCGGCAUCUUUUUUAAUUUUCACCAGUGCUGGGUGUUGGGGUAUCUGCAAGGAUGUGUUUCUUUUUUCCUUUCUUUUGAAACGUGUAAGUUGAAUUUUAAUACAAAGUAAUUGAAAAUUUCAUUUCAAUAUACUUCAUAUUAACUGUAUCGUUUAUAAUGUGAGUAAUGCUCAAUAAAGAACAGGAAUGUUAUCACACACAUCGUAUGGGUCCUUCAAAGAAUAGAUCUAUUCAUCCUAAGUCCAGUGUUGGGAUUCCCAAAUGUGACGUCACUGCGCUUAGGGUGAGAAAACUCUUGGCAAAACCCAUACCGUUAACUCAAAAUUUACCGAUACAUCUAAUUGGCCAACUUUUAUAACGUAUCUUUAAAGACAGAAGAGUUAUCCUUGAUUUACCACAAUGGCUCCGUAAAAAAGACAAGAGAUCCAUCAAAAUGUACUUUUUUUAUCUCAUAAAAUUUGUUAAAAUGUUGUAUUCCAACAAAAAGAUGGCAUUUUAUUUUAAAAAAUACUUUUAUGAAAUAUUCACAUAAUUUUACACGCAAAAAUACGAAAUUCGACCAGAAAUAAUAUGCUCACCUGAACUGCACUUUUACCGUUUAUUUUAGUAGUUAAACUGAAGAAGUAAGUUUACAAUCAAAAUAUACUAAUAUAUAGUCCAUUCAAUUAUCUUUAACCGAAUUUUGUCAACAAUGAAAAUUUCAAUAAUAUUUUUAAUAUUUUUUAAUAAACCCAACCUCUCACUCUUUUCCGAGUCCGAAUAUCCACUACCUAAACUUAAAUUAAAACAUUAAUGUAGGUAUAGACUGUACUGAUUAAAUAAAUAAAAUAGCAGAUAUCAAUAAAAGGCUAUCCUAAUAACUUAAAUUAUAAGUUAAAGUUAAGAAAUAACUCAAAUUCAAAUGUUCAGUUAAUAAUUAUGUCUGAAGUCUGUCUUCAGUAGAAAUAAAGUCAUGCGUCAUGCAUGCCAUUUAUAAAUUAAUAUUAUAUUAUUCUCAAAUUUCUAGCAUUUUUACUACCUUUACUUAAACUUAAUAUUAAUAUGCCUUAUUAAUUGCCCAGUAAUUCCCACGUUCACCACUGUCGAUUAUAUUAGACAACAAAGCUUAACAACACCCUAUUCUGAAUUCAGUCCUAUAUUAAAUAAUUUAUGGUUAUAGUACGCUUGACGUUUCCCCCCGUUCUACAUUCUUUUUGCACUACUUUUUUUCCACAAGGCUGUCAUCUUUGUUGCCAUCAGACCUAUCAUGACAAUAAAUCAACUACGAGGAUGUCUGUUUGAAAAAAUAAAAGUAUUGCAAAAAAACACAGCAGCUUAGAAAUCAGCACAUUUAAGACAUUUUUUAAAUUAAUUAAAGGGAAAAAAUAUUAAAAAUUAACCCCAAAGAAAACCAUGAUUUUUUUUUCUCCACAAAAAUGCUUGAAAUCUAAAAUUUACAACUCUACCUAACCUGAAUGCUAAGUAAGUAUCCCUUACUCAAGUUUAAAUUCACCCCUAAAUUUAGUCCCCCCAACCAGAGGCGUAGCGUGGCGGGGGCAGGGGGGGACAGAUGUCCCCGGGCGCCAGCUAGUUAGGGGCGCCAAAAUGUGCUUUGAUAUUAUUUUAUUGAUGAAAAUAAUGGGUUUGAGAGUUGAAAAAAAGAAAAAGGGGCCCUUUAAAAUGGAUCUUGUCCCCGGGCGCGAAUCUUGUCCCCGGGUGCCAAACACCCUUGCUACGCCACUGCCCCCAACUUGAUAGUAAAUUUUCAAACCUAAAAUCUGUGACCUAACAUGGACCCAAAAACAAUAUAUUCGCGUGCUACAGUUACACACGAAUAAAAAUCCCAAUUUACACUUCAUUAAUUACACUUUUACACUUUAUAAAUCCAAAAAUUAAAAAUCCAAUUUACAAAAUUAUCAGACAACGACUCAGUCAAAAUGGAAGUUUUUAAAUAAAUGGCCUUAUUUUGAAAUGUUAUAAUUAAAAACCCAAUAAAAUAUCAUUUUUUUAAAAAGCCAUCAAUCAAAAACAUUCCAUCAGUGUAUUAAUAUAGAAAAUGAUUAUGGUUAACUCUAGUAACAAUCGGCGACUUAAACAAAGGGGACGUCACUCAGAAUCUCGGGAGCGAAGCGUCAAGCAUACAUUGUCAAGUUUUAUUUCAUUGAACUACACAGCUCUUAAGUACAUGCUGAAAUGGACUGAAUGCUCAUUUAAUUACUUUUUGUUUUCAUGAAAAAUAAAAUGUUAUCAUGCUACUCAUAGUUUGUUUGGAAGGUCAAAAGUUACAUUUCAGUUUUUAAGAUUUUAUAAAUGGAUUUUAAUUUACUUUAGCUACCUGGCAUACAUAUGCAUGAACUUUCUAUGAUUCUUAACAAAUUUAAACUAUGUAAUUAAUGUUAAGGGAAAAAAUAUUAAUCCUAUAAGAGAACUAAGAGAGGCAAUAUAAUCAAUAUAAAUGCAUACUGUUUUUUCAGCCGAUCCAGUGAUAGAAAGAAAUCUAGAUAGGGCACCAGAAGAUUCUACCCUCAUACAUUGUCUUGUAGGUGAUAGAACCUUGUAAGUAUCUUUGGCUUUUUUUUUUUUUUUUAGAUGUCAUUGGUGUCAUCAAAAAGUAAGGGUUACUUUAGUUGGGAUAAUAUACCAACGAAAUCUUUUAUUUUUAGCACUCAUAUGAAAACUUCUGUUUUUUCAGCCGAUCCAGUGAUAGAAAGAAAUCUAGAUAGGGCACCAGAAGAUUCUACCCUCAUACAUUGUCUUGUAGGUGAUAGAACCUUGUAAGUAUCUUUGGCUUUUUUUUUUUUUUAGAUGUCAUUGGUGUCAUCAAAAAGUAAGGGUUACUUGAGUUGGGAUAAUAUACCAACGAAAUCUUUUAUUUUUAGCACUCAUAUGAAAACUUCCAGACAACAUGCCUCAAUUGCUAACAUUUUCAAAAUAAACUUUGCACCGCUGAUUAAAUCAGUCAGUAUCUAAUGGCUUAUAAUUAAUAAUUUGUAAAAACUUGGCAGCACAUUUGUUUUUUAAAUUAAUUGUUUAUGAUCUAUGGAUAUUUUCAUUAUAUUUCAGCUGGAAAGACCCUAAUAAUGAAUUUAGAAAAGACCCCCAGUUCUUGGUAAAGUGUGUACCAACACUCUUGAAGUUUGGCUCUGUAAGUUGAUAAAUCCUUCUUAAAUGUCUCAGAGGUCAUGGUAUGCUCUAUAGGAGUGAGGUCAAGGUAUACUCUAUAGGAGUGCUGUCCAACCUGUGGCCCCAGGGCAGCAUAGAGGCCCAUGAACUGAUUUUAAAAGGCUCGCGACAGCUAAAGAAAUAUUUGUGGUGUGUGUCAAAAAUGAAACAUUUUAUGGGGGAAAUAUUUUCAAACAACAUUCAUUGAUUCAGUGUUGUUGCAAAUCACAGGCCAGCACAGGAAAAGUUGUACCGUAACAUGGAACAGGGAGAGGUAAAAAAAUCUAAGGAGUGAGACUUGAUAGGUAGCAGUAAUUUAUGUUAAACACAGCAGAGCAAAAAAUUGAUCAUGUCUUUGAAAAAACCUACAUAUGUCAAACUGGAUUCUAUGUAAAGACUAACAUUAAGUCCAGAAAACGUAACGGUUUGACUGGUGAACAUUUAGAAGAUCUAAUGAGGCCAGAUGCUACUGAAAACUGUCUCAAAUUAACAACCAAUAAAGUACAAUUCAAAGCCAUAUAUAUCUUUAAAUUAUUGCUAACAUUUUUGUUUGCUUAAUUUAUAUUCUUGAUGAGCCGAUAAUGUUAUUUUAUGUACCAGUAUAUAUUUUAUACACAUGCACGGUGCCCAUUUCAAAGUUCAAUAGUUAUCACUAUUAUAGGCUAUAUCUUCUUGGCCUUCCUUGUAUCUUUUCAAUGAAUAUUUUCAAUCUGUUUGACUUAAAUUUCCUUCUUUAUCAACAGCCUCAGAAAUUGGAAGAAGAACAAUGCUGCAAAGAUGACUUAAUCCGAAUGCUUUUUGAGGAAGAGGAUUAAAUGAGUUUUUGAAAGUGAUGGCUUCCUGAGGAAGUGAAUUAAAUGGCUCUAUGAGGAUGAGGAUUAAGAAAGCUUUGAGGUCAAAGAUUAAGAUGGCUUUAUUGAGGAGGCUUUAAAUUAUGUCGUCUAAUGUUUGAGGUUUCAAUUUCAUAGUGACACAAAUUUAUCAUUUGUAAUUUGUAUCAAAUCGGGAGGAGGGAGGGGUUAGGGGGGAUUAUGGAGCUUUAAUUUUUUUUAAUGUACUGUUAAAUUGUUAUUGAUAAAAUUCACAAAAAUUGUAUGUUGUAUCAACAUUACAAUAUCACUUGCUGUUGAUUUUUUUUUUUUUUUUCAUUUUUUAAGGACGAUUAAUCGUUCAAUUAAGUGAGGAACUUUCUUUUUACUUGGUUUUGACGUUUUAUAUCUACUUCUACCUAUAUAUAAUCCUAGUAACUCACUGGGAGCGUUUAAUUAAAAGACACAGCUACAUAGUAAAUUACCACAUGAGAAGCUUUUUAUUAAAACACACAAAAGUAUGGCUGCAUGUGAUGCUUUUCAAACUGAAGUCUUGAAACUUUAUUAAACCUUAUUGCUUUCCAAUAUUGUUGCGCUUGAAGUAUGAAUUUAUAUUGUCUUUGUCCAGGAGAAUUGUAAAGUUUUGAGACAAAUUUUAUAUUCUAGUAAUGACAUCUAAUUAAUAGAUGAAGAAUGUCAUUUUUUUUCUCCUUCAUUUACUACUCAGAUAUUUAUGUCAUUUCUAUUAUUUGAUGAACAGAGUACAAGUUGAAUGAGGGCACAUUAAUGAAUUAAAGGUGCUUCUUUUGGCAUUUAUAGUAAAGCUAAGAUGCAUUUGUAAAUCUUUUUUUUUUCAUCAAUUUUGUUUAAUCACCAUGAAAUCUUGCAUUGUCCAUCAGUAAGCUGUGUUAAAGUUAUUUUUAACAUGGAGCUUUGUGGAUGAGGUUUCUAGUCUCUUAAUUUCACACAUCCCCUGCAAGCGUUGUUUUUUUAUGGCUAACUGUCCCUGUUUAGCUUUUACUGGUGUUAGUUUGUGCAAGUGCAAUUAAAUUUUAGAAUUGAACAACAUUCCUUAUCUUUCAUGCAUUUAUCACCCAGUCAUUUUAUUUAGAUUAAUAACUUCCUCUAUAAUUUUUAAGAAUUGCAUUUAAUCUUAAAACAAUCAUAUUUUAAACAAAACUCUGCCUUAAAUACAUUUUAUGCAUAAGUUUUAUUCUGCUAAGUAAGUUACAUGUAAAUAAAUUUUACUGACACCUAAUUCUAAAAUUCAGUUUUUUUUUUGUUUUUGUUGUUUUUUUUGUGUGUGUGACUUUAUUAUUAUAUCCUGAAACUUAAACAUUAUAAUUAUUGUGUGUUCAAGGAAUAUUCAUGUGUGUGUUUUAUUCAUAAAAAAAUUAAAGUAUUUUUAAAAAGGC